AUGAGUUCAUCCGACGAUGACGCCCCUCUCCUCAGUGCCAACCGUUCUACAGGGGGCGCUCGCUCGGAAAAGAUAAUAUCGAAGUCAACGGAUACCUCGAUGGGCGAUGAGCAGACAGAGAACGGUUCGUUGGACCCGGGUGUUUCUGUCCGGUUUGGACCAGUUGGAGAUGGGGAUGUUGAAAUGGAGGAUGCAGUGAAUGGCGCCAACGGACACACUGCAGGCAAAAGAAGGGCGCGAGUUAGUUCAGGCAAACAGUCUUACGCAGAGCCUGAAAGCAGCGAGGACGAUAAACCUUUAAACAAACGUCGCCGCAUAUCCACGAAGACCAAAGUCGAAUCCGAUUCCGAGGAGGACAUUCCUCUAGCUAGGAAAACAAAUGGCAUCAGGUUGCCCAAAGCUUCGGAAACCGCGAUCGGCGAGGAGUCGGACUCGGACGUUCCUAUCGAGCGCAAACUCUCUAAACAGAAAGCGAAUAUCGAGAAAAGGGCUGAAAAGGAAGCCAAAUCAAUUCGCAAAGCCGAGGCUGCGUCCUCCGCCAAGAAAGCCUCGGUAACAGCAGGCAAGGGCGCAGUGAACGGCAAGAAGCAAAAAGCAAACGGCGUGAAAUCAGAGGAAGGUGCAGGCGUUAAGAAGACUACCAAAGCAAUCAAGGAUGAGCCUGCAACGCCGGUGAAGAAAGGAAAAGGCAAGGCGACCCCUGUCAAGGAAGAAUCCGAAGAAGUCGAGGGAGCUGAGGAGGAAGAGGAGUAUCGCUGGUGGGAGGAUCCUACCAAAGGCGAUGGCACCAUCAAAUGGACAACAUUGGAACACAACGGGGUUGUUUUCCCACCGCCAUACGAGCCCUUGCCGAAGAAUGUCAAGAUGAAAUAUGAUGGCGAACCCAUCACUCUCGAGCCGGACGCCGAGGAAGUUGCGGGUUUCUUUGGUGGAAUGUUGAAUUCUACACACAAUGUUGAAAACCCGACAUUCCAGAAGAACUUUUUCGAGGACUUCAGAGCCAUUAUCAAAAAGACUGGAGGCGCUAAAAAUCAAAAGGGCGAACCAGUGGAUAUCAAAGUCUUCAAGAAAUGUGACUUCAAGCCGAUCUUUGAAUAUUAUGAGAUGAAACGUUUGGAGAAGAAGAAUCUUUCAGCUGCGGAAAAGAAAGCUGUCAAAGCUGAAAAGGAUGAGGCUGAAGCUCCUUACAUGUAUUGCAUGUGGGAUGGACGUAAGCAGAAAGUCGGCAAUUUUCGAGUUGAACCUCCAGGUCUUUUCCGUGGUCGUGGCGAGCAUCCAAAGACAGGAAAAGUGAAGACGCGUGUGAUGCCUGAGCAAAUCACCAUCAAUAUCGGCAAAGAAGCUCAAGUUCCUGCGCCACCAGAAGGUCAUAGGUGGAAGGAGGUCAAACAUGAUCGUGAAGGCACCUGGUUGGCCAUGUGGCAAGAAAACAUUAAUAAGAACUACAAAUACGUUAUGCUUGCUGCCAAUUCUGAUAUCAAGGGCCAGAGCGAUUACAAGAAGUUUGAGAAGGCACGCGAGUUGAAGAAACACAUUGACAGGAUUCGUAAUGACUACCAGAAGGGUCUCAAGUCUGAACUCAUGGUCGAUAGACAGCGUGCAACGGCGGUUUAUCUCAUCGACAAGUUCGCUCUCCGUGCCGGUAAUGAAAAGGGCGAGGACGAGGCAGACACUGUUGGAUGCUGUUCUUUGAAAUACGAGAAUAUCACGCUUCGACCACCAAACACGGUCAUUUUCGAUUUCCUUGGUAAAGAUAGCAUUCGAUUCUACGACGAAGUCGAGGUUGAUCCUCAGGUUUUCAAAAACUUGAAGAUAUUUAAGAAAGAACCAAAGAAAGUUGGCGAUGAGGUAUUCGAUCGACUUACGACUUCUGCUCUUAACAAACAUCUUUCAAACUAUAUGCCAGGCUUGACAGCUAAAGUGUUCCGUACCUACAAUGCUUCUUACACUUUUGCCACGUUGCUCAAGGACAUGAAGGCGGAGGGGUCAGUGGGCGAGAAAGUCAAGCAAUACAAUGAUGCCAAUCGCAAGGUGGCUAUUCUGUGCAACCACAAACGGACAGUUACUGCAGGUCACGCCAACCAAAUGGAGAAACUGGGUGAUCGGAUCAAAGGCCUUCGCUAUCAGAAAUGGAGGGUCAAGAUGAUGAUGUUGGAUAUUGAACCCAGCCUGAAGAAGAAGAAAGGUGCCGCGUACUUUGAACUAGACGAGGAUCUCGACAAGGAAUGGAUCAAGGAGCACCAGGCGUUCCUUGUUGAAGAGCAAAAGCAGAAGAUUGUCAAAAAGUUUGAAAAAGACAACGAGAAGCUGGCGGCCGAGGGUGAAAAGGAGAUGAAGCCCAAGGAGCUGGAUGAACGACUCCUAGUCCUCAAGGACAUGCAGGCGAAGUUCCAGAGAGAAAACAAGACUGGGAAAGUGGAAGCAGAAGGAAAGGGCCAAACAGUUGAGAAAUUGGAGAACAAUGUCGCAAAGCUCGAACAGCGGAUUGAGAAUAUGUCGCUUCAGGCGGAGGACAAAGAGAACAAUAAGGAAGUUGCACUUGGAACUUCGAAGAUCAACUAUAUUGACCCCCGUCUAACGGUAGUCUUUACGAAGAAGUUCAAUGUCCCGAUUGAAAAGUUUUUCUCCAAGACUCUGCGCGAGAAGUUCGACUGGGCUAUCAAGUCAGUUGAUGAGGAUUGGGAAUUUUAG